CCCAUGGCCCGCACGAAGCAGACGGCGCGCAAGUCCACAGGCGGCAAGGCACCACGCAAGCAGCUGGCCACGAAAGUGGCCCGGAAGAGCGCGCCGGCAACAGGCGGCGUGAAGAAGCCGCACCGCUACCGGCCUGGCACGGUGGCUCUGCGUGAGAUCCGGCGGUACCAGAAGUCCACCGAGCUGCUGAUCCGCAAGCUGCCGUUCCAGCGGCUGGUGCGUGAAAUCGCGCAGGAUUUCAAGACUGACCUGCGCUUCCAGAGCUCGGCCGUCACGGCACUGCAGGAGGCGUGUGAGGCCUAUCUGGUGGGGCUCUUCGAGGACACCAACCUGUGCGCCAUCCACGCCAAGCGGGUCACCAUCAUGCCCAAGGACAUCCAGCUGGCGCGCCGCAUCCGCGGGGAGCGCGCCUAA